UGAGGGUCAAUUUCUUCCUAAAAUGAGGAGUCCAUCAUGCGAUGAAAGAAGCGCAUCGGCGGAAACGCAACGACGACGACGACGCCGCCCUCACAAAGAUUUCUUCCGGUGUGCCGCCCUUGUCCUCCCCUACCUAACCCCUACCGAACUAGCCUCCGUUUCCUUGACCUGCAAAACCCUGCGCCAAAUCUCCAAAUCCAUAACUCUCGGAAGAAUCUCCAACUCUUCCAGAGGGUUCGAGACCGUUCCAACCCCAUUCCUGAACCCCACAGCCAAAGCCAACGCACACCCGUACUCCUACUUUCUCUACACCCCGACCCAGACCCUCCCCGUAAGUCCGGAUACCCGCCAGUCCUGGGGCUCCAGCGAUGGUCCGCGGGUAGAGGGUCGACCCGACCCGUUUCUGUUCCGGGUCGAGGGUGCUAUCGGGUGCGAUUGCGAGACGUGCAGAAGUGGCGAUGGCUGCCCGUGCUCCGGGGAAUGUGGACCUAGCUGUAAAUGUGGGUCGGGCUGUGAAAAUCGGGCGAGUCAGGGCGGAAUCACGGCCAGGUUGAAGAUCGUGAGAGAUGAGAGGAAAGGGUGGGGUUUGUAUGCUGCUCAGUCCAUUCCUUGCGGACGAUUCGUCUGCGAGUAUGCAGGUGAGCUUUUAUCAACAAAAGAAGCCCGUAGAAGGCAACAGAUGUACGACAAACAACGUCACUCAGCAGCAGCUACAGCUUCUUCACUUCUGGUGGUAAAGGAGCAUCUUCCAUCAGGAACAGCAUGCAUGAGGAUCAAUAUCGACGCCACAAGAACUGGGAAUGUUAGCAGGUACAUUAACCAUUCUUGUGAUGGCGGGAAUCUGGACACGGUGAUUCUAAGAAGUUCUGGAGCCCUACUGCCCCGCAUUUGCUUCUUUACAUCCAGAGAUGUCGGAGAAGACGAGGAACUGAGUUUCAGCUAUGGUGACGUAAGUCUCAAUCCGAAUGGGCAGCCGUGUUUGUGCGGUAGCGCUGCAUGUACCGGCAUCCUGCCUUCUGAACAUACCUGAAAAUUGAAUUAAUCUAAUGUAAGUUUGUGAUGGCUGGCUGGCUGGCUAAUUAAUAUUGUUCUGGCAGCCAGUUAUUAUGCAUCUGUGGAUUAUUGUGUCUGAAUUUCUUGAUUCUGGAUUUGAAUUUUUUGUCUUUCUUCUUUUUUGUGUUUCUACGAUUAAACUCUAUUCAGGAAUACAUAUAUAAAUCAAUGAAGGUCUAGGAAUGGCAUUAGUAUAGCACAGCCAGAGCUAUGAAACACAGUUUAUUGAUUAAAGAAGAGCACAACCACAGCUAGCAUGCAUGGGCGUGGGUAUUACUAUAGUUAGGUGUCGGAUCGCUCCUCCUCAAAUAUCUUCCUAUCAUCCUAACAGUAACAAUUUCUUGA